AUGAACCUCUUCUCACCUCCAGAAUCUCCCUACGCACCUCCCUCUCUGCUCUACCAGCUCAUAUACCACCCUCUGACCACCUGCUUUACCUUCUUCCACCACAUCUUUCUCUGCCUCCGCGGUCCACCGUACAUCACGCCAAAGAAUAAAAUUCCCAUCCGCGUCGUUUGCCUCUCCGACACCCACAGCCAAAUUCCUCGCACAGCCAUCCCCAAGGGCGACCUCCUAAUCCACUCCGGUGACCUUACAAAUAACGGCUCGCUCUCCUCCAUCCAGCAAACGAUAGACUGGUUAAAAACGCUGCAAAAGCCCUGGCACGGCUCCUCUGAUGGAUUUCGUCACAUCGUAGUGGUGGCGGGGAACCACGAUAGCUAUUUUGACGAGCGCAGCCGUGGGAUACAAGACAAGAGCCGUUCCUACCGGCAGCUAGACUGGGGUAAGAUUCACUACCUGCAGCACUCAUCGGUCACAUUACGUUUUCCUGGUGCUCGCUCAUUGAAUGUCUACGGUGCUCCGCAGAUACCUCAAUGUGGAGGUAAGGAAUUUGCGUUUCAAUACAGCAGAGGUCAAGAUGCUUGGAGCGGCACCAUCCCCGAAGAUGUGGAUGUCCUGGUCACGCAUAACCCGCCCAAAUGGCACCUUGAUCUACCAACCAGUGGAGGCUUGGGCGACGAGUUCGAGUUGAAGGAAGUCUGGCGCGUUAAACCAACGCUACAUGCAUUUGGACAUAUCCAUUCUGGUCACGGCGUUGAUCCCGUCUGGUGGGACGAAAGCCAGCGGGCAUUCGAAGAGUUUCUGGCCGCAGCAUAUAACAAGCCUGCAGACACACCUGCAAGUCACCGCAUGCCCUUUGCCGAGCUGCUGGAUUUACCGUUAUGGGUAAAAGGUUUCAAAUGCACUGCUGCAGAUGUGAGAGGCCUCCUGUGGACAAGGCUUUGGGGGGGCGCCCGCCAGGGAGGAUACAUGGUCAACGGAGCCCUGGCAUAUCAGACGAGUACCCGACUAUUGAAUAAGCCCAGAGUGGUGGAUCUAUAG